AUGCCCCGCGUGUCCAUGUCAUCACGCCGCUUCUUUUCCGUCUCAGACGGGUCUUUCCCCCUCCCUGAUAAUCCCAUGGACAAAUCCCCAGUCUCCGAUCAGUCGCUCCCGCUGAGAGCCAGACACCUUGCAGAGUCACUUCGAAGCAAUGAUCGUGCCGAUGAAGCUUCGGAUGUGGAAAAGAUUCUAGAGUCCGCCGAUGCCGACAAUGCCGAUACUCAAUCCGAUCCGACUUUCGAUGCACUGAACCGGCUCGACAACUUGGUAAAAUCCUUUUUGAGAAGGGGCAAGUGGGCUGUAGCAGUUGAACUUGGUACCUUGGUCCUCGAUGUCCGUGAGGCUAGCUAUGGAGAAGAGGACCUGGCAACAAUGAGCGCAAUGAACAGUCUGGUUUCAGCAUAUUGGGGGCAAGGUCAAUAUGACGACGCGGUCAAGCUUGGCAAGAAAGUCACGAGACUGAGAAAACAAAUCCUCGGCGAGAAAAAUCCACAGACAUUGGUUUCGAUGUCGAAUCUUGCAUCAGCCUAUCGAGGCCAAGGGCGAUGGGAGGACGCCCAAAAGCUCGACUCUCGAGUGUUGGAGAUUAAAGCAGAGACCUCUGGCCGAGGUCACCCCUCCACAUUUGUCUCCAUGGCGAACCUUGCAACCUCGUAUGCAAGCCAGGGGAGAUAUGCAGACGCCGAAUCCAUCGAACGAUCAUUGGUGGAACUGGGAGAGAAGAAGUUCGGCGCAACGGAAGCUUCCAUCUUGACAUGGAAAUCGAACUUGGCAUCAACCUACCGAGACCAGGGACAUCUUUCCCUCGCGGAAAGAUUAGAUCUGGAGGUCCUCGAGGCAAGACGGGAAUCAUUAGGCUCAGAGCAUCCUUUGACCCUCACGUCUAUUGCCAAUCUAGCAUCCACCUAUCGCGUCCAGGGGCGGUGGGCAGAUGCGGAAUCCCUAGAUCGCGAAGUCGUAGCAACUAGCAAGACAGCUCUGGGUGAAAAGCACCCUCAGACGCUGAUGUCGAUCAGCAACCUUGCAUCUACCUGUCGCAGUCAAGGGCAACUAGAAGAAGCCAAAGAUCUUGGAGAGAAAUCGGCGGCGGGGUUGAAAGAGGUUCUCGGAGAGCGUCACCCGCAUACAUUGACUGCCUGGGCAGACGUGGCGGUGACCUACCAUGUCAACGGACAACGAAGCGAUGCAACGAAGCUAGGCUCUGAAGUCCUGCACAUGAUGGAAGAGUCAUUAGGUGAAAAGCACCCACAUACAUUGAGUGUUAUGUCCAAUCUCGGGUUCAUGUAUCAGUCACAAGGCAAAUGGGAUCAGGCGGGUGGGUUUGCGGAGACUGUUUAUACGCGAAGACGAAGCACAUUGGGGGAGGAACAUAUGGAUACUAUUGCAGCUUUGGAAGAUCUGAGGCGGAUUUCAUGGGUAGAAGCGGCGGACCGUAACGCGGCACUGGCGAGGUCUAAAUGA